GAAUGCCCAGAAUUACAAAUGUGUGGAAGGGAUAACUGGUGGUGAAGGUCAAAUCUCAGGUCUUAUUUCUUCUCUACUUCGGGAUUUGCCCCAAUUGGCCCAAUAACACUAUAAUUUAGUCUUUUCUGCGCAUGUCAAGGUCUUUUGUCCCUCGGCGGACACCGUUGCCAGCCAAAGCUAUGUCUCCGCGCUCACCGCUUUCGUAGUGUGCCGAGUUGUACCUCUUCUCCAUGCGUGCCAUGGCGAGCCGAGGGGCUCGUCAGCGCCUGAAGGGGAGCGGGAGCAGCGGCGGGGACACGGUCUCGGCCGCGGACAAGCUGCGGGAGCUGCUGUGCAGCCGUGAGGCGAGCGGCGCGGAGCCGCGGACAGAGUUAUCUGGGAACAAAGCAGGACAAGUUUGGGCACCUGAAGGAUCUACUGCUUUCAAGUGUCUGCUCUCAGCAAGGUUAUGUGCUGCUCUCCUGAGCAACAUCUCUGACUGUGAUGAAACCUUCAACUACUGGGAACCAACACACUACCUCAUCUAUGGGAAGGGGUUUCAGACUUGGGAAUAUUCCCCAGUUUAUGCGAUUCGCUCCUAUGCUUACCUAUUGCUUCAUGCCUGGCCAGCUGCGUUUCAUGCAAGAAUUCUUCAGACUAAUAAGAUUCUUGUCUUCUACUUCUUACGAUGUCUCCUGGCUUUUGUGAGCUGUAUCUGUGAACUUUACUUUUACAAGGCUGUGUGCAAGAAGUUUGGGCUGCAUGUAAGUCGAAUGAUGCUGGCCUUCUUGGUUCUUAGCACUGGCAUGUUUUGCUCCUCAUCAGCAUUCCUUCCUAGCAGCUUCUGUAUGUAUACCACGUUGGUAGCCGUGACUGGCUGGUAUAUGGACAAGACUUCAGUUGCUGUGCUUGGAGUAGCUGCUGGGGCUAUCUUGGGCUGGCCGUUCAGUGCUGCUCUUGGCUUACCCAUUGCCUUUGAUUUGCUGGUCAUGAAACACAGGUGGAAGAGUUUCUUUCAUUGGUCUCUGGUGGCCCUAAUACUCUUUCUGGUGCCUGUGGUGGUCAUUGAUAGCUACUACUAUGGGAAGCUGGUAGUUGCACCAGUGAACAUCGUCUUGUAUAAUGUCUUUACUCCUCAUGGACCUGAUCUUUAUGGUACGGAGCCCUGGUAUUUCUAUUUGAUUAAUGGAUUUCUUAAUUUUAACGUAGCCUUUGCUUUGGCUCUCCUGGUCUUACCACUGACUUCUCUCAUGGAAUACUUACUGCAGAGGUUUCAUGUUCAGAAUUUAGGCCACCCAUAUUGGCUUACCUUGGCUCCAAUGUAUAUUUGGUUUAUAAUUUUCUUCAUCCAGCCUCACAAAGAGGAGAGAUUUCUUUUCCCUGUAUAUCCACUUAUAUGUCUCUGUGGUGCUGUGGCCCUCUCUGCACUUCAGAAAUGCUACCACUUCGUGUUUCAGCGAUACCGCCUGGAGCAUUACACGGUGACGUCAAACUGGCUGGCCUCGGGAACACUCCUUCUGUUCGGGCUCUUGUCCUUCUCUCGCUCUGUGGCGCUGUUCAAAGGGUAUCAUGGACCCCUUGAUCUGUACCCAGAAUUUUACCGAAUUGCCACAGACCCAGCCAUCCACACUGUCCCAGAAGGCAGGACCGUGAAUGUCUGUGUAGGAAAGGAGUGGUAUCGCUUUCCCAGUAGCUUCCUUCUGCCUGAUAAUUGGCAGCUUCAGUUCAUUCCAUCGGAGUUCAGGGGUCAGUUACCAAAACCUUUUGCCGAGGGACCACUGGCCACCCGAAUUGUUCCUACUGACAUGAAUGACCAGAACCUGGAGGAGCCAUCCAGAUACAUUGACAUCAGUAAAUGCCAUUAUUUAGUGGAUUUGGACACCAUGAGAGAAACGCCCCGGGAGCCGAAAUACUCAUCAAAUAGAGAAGAAUGGAUCAGCUUGGCCUACAGACCAUUCCUUGAUGCUUCUAGAUCUUCGAGGUUGCUGCGGGCAUUCUAUGUCCCCUUCCUAUCAGAUCAGUAUACAGCGUAUGCAAACUAUACCAUCCUCAAACCCCGGAAAGCAAAGCAAAUCAGGAAGAAAAGUGGAGACCGGAGAAGAGCAGAACCACCUUACAGGAAGAAUUGAAAAUCCCAGAACUGGAUGGCCGUGUUAAGCUCUUCUCCAUACUCUGGCCUGGCAUCUGAGAAUUAGCAAGCCUCUUUGGGGCCAUAUGGGCUUUUGCCACCAAAGCUGUUUGGCAGCUCCUAGCAUUCCUUGUUCAAAUCCUAGUGCUGAAAAUGAGCACAGCCUAAUUGCCAACCUACAUGUCCUUCUCACCUCAUGCAAGACUAAGCUUCUCUUAAGCACUUCACAGGACUAGGACCCCGUCCUGGAGAUAUCUCAGGAAAAAAGGCAACCAUUUGAGGAACUGUAACCUAAUUUCGUUAUAUAGGAUGCCUCUUAUUUUCAUUUUAUUUCCUUUACAACAAACUGUAACUAUGUUUUCUUUAAGUUUUAGCAUGCCGUUUCUUGAAUUCAAGACUUCUCUGUAGAAAGGUAAUCACAGGCCAGGCCAUAAUUGUACAGGACUUUUUUGGAGAAAAUUAAUUCUAUCCCUUGGUAGGUUUGGAUGGCCUCACAUUUUUAAGUAAUGUAUUCUGAGGCCAUUUCUGAGGAAAUUAAGACUUUCCCUUUUUUUCACAACCCUAGUGGAAAAGGCCAGUGUGUAUUUGUAGCACUGAUUUUUGAGUCUGUCUAUUGCAAAGCACAUUCUGCAUGGGGCACUUUUAGUCAAAUAGGCAAUGAUAAAGACCUGAUUAAAAUGUAAUGAGUAUAUACUGUGACUAUACACACAGUACUCCACAGUUUACAAAGCACUUCCACAUUAUCUCAUUUGGUCCUCACAAUCAUGGCGUGACGCAGGCAAGGCAAGUGGUUUUAUCCCCAUUUUACAGAUAAUGACUUCGGGGGGCACGGGGAAGGUCAAGUGGCAUGGCCAAGAUCACAUGACCAGUCAGUAACAAAGCUAGGACUGGAACCUGGGUUCCCUAACUGCUCCCCUAGUGCUCUUCCUACUUCUUCUCUCAACUCUGAAGACCUCACUUGGAAGAAUGAUGGUGUUGGCCAGAGACCCGAUAGAUAAUGUAACUUUCUAUUUUAAGGAAGACGUUUACCUGUAUUUCUUUGAGUUCUUCAGAACCUCCACUGUGCCUGUCAGUCCGUCACAGCAGCACCCCACCAUGCAGCCCAGCCUGUGGCAGGAAAAUAGUGCUCAUGGUUGGAAGCCCUGUUCCUUGGCAGCCCCACAGGAUCUAUCAGUUGGAUUCCCACAUAGGCCAUCUGGGGUCCUAUUCUAGGUGCCUUAUUUCCUCAAGGUAAUUGUGUCUAGUAUCUGCAUAUAGGAUAAAGCUAUUUUCCAGAGGUUUCAUCUUUCAUUUUUCAGGGAGAAGGGCUUUCCAACAGGAAUUGAUCCCAAGAGAGGACAAGAGAAGUCUUAGGGGAGGAAGUGGCCAGUUCCCACACAACACGUCUCCUCCUUGGUAUCCCUCUAAUGGAAUUUCUGGGUUCGAAGCAUUGGAGAGGAACUCCGUGUAGACAGCUUAGAACAGUAACUGGAGAGUGAAGAUAAGCCAGGGUCCCACUUGCUGCUUAAAGUUUUCUGGCAUUUAACUAGUAUUUGGUCCCUGCUUUCUGAGCUGGAUACCGGCAUCUGUGGUCUGACUCCAGGGUAGAGAAUUUUUGGUGAAAGAUCUUGUCCUACCUGCAGAACAGCAUACUGUCAUUCACGAGGGCUAAAGCACUCUGCUUUUUGCGGAAGUAAAUGAGCCCUAUCAUGGAGGUCCAGGGCGAGUAGCUGUUUUCCUGAUCUGAGUGAUACAGUGCUGGUCUAUUUUUAUCAUCUUGCAUGUU